CUGGGGGAGCCUGCACUUAUGCAGGAGUGAUGGGUGGCCUGAGAAGGAAAUUCCCCUUCUGUACUCUGCUGCUUCUACCUAUGGCUCUUAGUUCUUCCCGCUGGAACCAACAGGACAAGUCUAAAUCCUUAGGAAAUUAGGGAAUCAUACUGGAAACAGGUAAAAAUGCCCAAGAUAACAUUAAAUGGAGUUACAGUGGAUUUUCCUUUCCAACCAUACAAAUGUCAAGAAGAUUAUAUGGCUAAAGUCUUGGAGUGCCUACAGAAGAAGGUGAAUGGCAUUCUCGAGAGCCCCACAGGAACAGGGAAGACACUUUGCCUUCUUUGUACCACUCUGGCUUGGCGGGAGCACUUUAAAGACACAAUCACUGCCCGAAAGAUCGCCGAGAGGAUGCAAGGGGUGGAGCUCUUUCCUGACAGACCAAUGUCAUCAUGGGGCAAUGCUGCCACAGAUGGAGAUACCACAGCCUAUUACACCGAUAUUCCCAAGAUCAUUUAUGCCUCCAGAACCCAUUCUCAGCUCACUCAGGUCAUUAGUGAGUUAAGGAACACUACUUACAGGCCAAGGGUGUGUGUACUGGGCUCUAGAGAACAGCUGUGCAUCAACCCUGAAGUGAAGAAGAUAGAAAGUAACCACAUACAGAUCCAUAUGUGUCGAAAGAAGGUGUCAACUCACUCUUGUCAUUUCUACAACAAUGUGGAAGAGAAGAGCACAGAGAAGGAGCUGGUCACUCCUAUCCUGGAUAUUGAAGAUUUGGUUAAAAAUGGAAACAAGCACAAAGUCUGCCCAUAUUAUUUAUCUCGGACACUAAAGCAGCAAGCAGACAUCAUUUUUAUGCCAUACAAUUAUCUGUUGGACUCCAAGACACGAAGGGCACACAACAUUGACCUUAAAGGGACAGUCGUGAUCUUUGAUGAAGCUCACAAUGUGGAGAAGGUAUGUGAGGAAUCAGCUUCAUUCGAUCUAACUCCUUUUGACUUGGCAUCUGGCCUAGAUGCAAUAAAUCAGCUGCUAGAAGAACAGACGAAGUUGCUGCAGCAAAAUGAAAUCCAUGCAGAAUUCAACAUGGAACUUGACAAUUCAGGUCUGAAUAUGGAGCUUGAAGAUAUAGCUAAGGUAAAAAUAAUUCUUCUUAAACUGGAAAGUGUAAUUGAUGCCAUUGAGCUUCCAGGAAAUAACACUGGCAUGACUAAGCCUGGAAGCUAUAUCUUUGAUCUGUUUGCUGAGGCCCAUAUAACCUUUCAGACCAAGUCUUCCCUCCUGGAGUCACUGGAGCAGAUCAUACAAUUCAUGGCAGGACGUACUGGGAUAUUUAACAAUACAGCAGGCUUACAAAAGCUGGUGGAUAUCAUUCAGAUUGUUUUCAGUAUUGACCCCCCACAAGGUGCAGCCAACCCCAUGUUGGGGCAUACAGUUUCAAAAUAUUAUAAGGUUCACAUCCACUUGGACACCAGUAAUAGAAAAAAGACCCCAAAGACUGAUGCUUGGAGUGCUCCUGUGGCCAAAAAACAAGGAAAAAUAUUGAGCUACUGGUGUUUCAGUCCGGGAUUUAGCAUGCAUGAGUUAAUUCAACAGGAAGUACGUACCAUCAUCCUCACCAGUGGGACUCUAGCUCCAAUUUCCUCCUUCACCAUGGAGAUGCAAAUUCCUUUCCCUGUUUGUCUGGAGAAUCCUCAUGUUAUCGAUAGACAUCAGAUCUGGGUGGGGAUUGUCCCAAAAGGCCCUGAUGGCGUAUUGCUGAGUUCUGCAUAUGAUAAAAGGUUUUCUGAAGAAUGCUUGUCUUCCUUAGGAAAAACUAUAGGGAAUAUUGCCCGAGUUGUGCCCCAUGGACUUUUGGUAUUCUUCCCCAUACCCUUCAUGGAAAAAAGUCUUGAGUACUGGCGAGACCAUGACUUUGCCAGAAAGAUAGAAGAGUUAAAGGCAAUUUUUGUGGAGCCAAGAAGCAAAGGAGGCUUUGCUGAGGUUUGUAAUGCUUAUUAUGAGAAAAUUGUCUGUCCCAAAUCAAAUGGGGCUGCUUUCAUGGCUGUGUGCCGGGGGAGUGAGGGCUUAGACUUUGCAGACAUGAAGGGUCGAGUCAUCAUCACUGGUCUCCCAUUUCCUCCACGAAUGGAUCCCAGAGUCAUUUGAAGAUGCAAUUCCUUGGAUGAGAUGAGAGGGAAAAAGUGGCACAGGGGGGCCAGGUAAGAAUAUUUAUCUGGGCAUGAGUGGUACCGGCAGCAAGCCUCCCGGGCAGUUAAUCAAGCCAUCGGCAGAGUCAUCCGACAUCGCCAGGACUUUGGGGCUAUUUUCCUCUGUGAUCACAGGUUCACUAACAAUGAUGCCAGGGCCCAGCUCCCCUCCUGGGUACGCCCUUACGUCAAGGUCUAUGACAACUUUGGCCAUAUUAUCCGUGAUGUGGCCCAGUUUUUCCGAGUUGCUCAGAAGAUUAUGCCUGUACCUGUCCCACGGCUUCCCCCGAGCCUCUGUGGGGGAGAAGGUGCUGCUGCAGCCUCUACUGCUUCCUUCAGCCUAUUCCUCUCAUCUAAGAAAGCCAAGAGCCUGGAUGUCCAUGUCCCUAGCCUGAAAAGGAAGUGUAUAGGAACGCUAGACAGUGGGGACAAUGAAGCCAGCCUGUGGGGAGAGUAUGAACAGGAACUAGCUUCCCCACAGAGGAAGCCAAGGAGCUUGCUGGCCGCGUUGGACUGUAGUGAGAACAAAAGUGACACUGAUGAGACCAACACAGUUCCAGGAGAAGAAAAGGCUCAACGUCUCUCUACCCUGUCCUUACAAUAUGAGAAGAGAUUAACAGAUGAGCAAAAAGGAGGAAAGAAGAAAAUCAGAAUUGUCAGCAACCAGGAUAAGAAAGACUCUAUCCCUGUGGAGCAGGCAGGCAAAGCCAGGCUGUUUAUGUUAUCAGUGAAGCAGUCCCUGAGCCAGGCCAAUUUUGACCUUUUCACCAGAACCUUGCAGCAAUAUAAAGGGACUGAUGACUUCCACACCAUGAUGGCUCACAUUAGCACACUCUUUGCAGAGGACCCAAAGAAGCACAAUUUGCUCCAAGGAUUUUACCAAUUUGUCCGACCACACCACAAGAAACUGUUUGAAGAAGCAUGCCUCAAGCUGACUGGCCAAAGCUGUGGCUACAAACCUGAGCAUAGCCUGCCACGUGAGAAACGAGAGCAGCUGGUCCAGGAUCCAAACGAGAAGAAGCAGAAUAAGACAAAAAUGACCUUUUCAGAUGGUGUUGCCCAACAGCUGAACUCAGACAUUCACCUGAACCAGGGCGGGACCCACAUGGUAUCUGAGAUCACCACCCAAGGAGAAAACCACCUAGGCAUCUCGAGCAGCACAACCAAAGAGGAGCCAAAAGCCCCAGGCGAGAAGAAGGGACAGGCCGUGAUCACGGCCUAUCUUUCAGAUGUCAAGAAAUCCCUUGGUCCAGGCUGCUACAGCCAGUUCUCCACAGCCCUCUCUGCUUAUAAGAAAGAUGACAACUACGAAGCAAUGGUGUCUGUGAUUGCUGCCCUCAUCACUGAGAAACCUGAGGACUUGCAUCUUCUACAAAAAUUCUCCAUUUUUGUUCGCCCUCAUCAUAAGAAGCAGUUUCUCCAGAUGUGCAGGGACUUGACAGGGGCAUGUCCUAGAGAAGGGACAUUGGUAUCUCCCUGGAACAGCCUCCCAGGACCCUCCAGCCUUGGCCCCAAGGGGGAGGAGGAGACUGAGAUGCAGGCGAUCGUGGCAGGGUCCAAAUCAGACCUCUCAGAGCCUGAGAAAUCCAGGAAAGUUCAAAGCAAAAUCUCUUCCUUUUGCUGCAAACUGAGGAAAUCAGAAUCUCCAGGAACUGAAUCUCCUGAAGGCACCAGCUGCCUGCCAACAAGCCAGGAGCCUGACCCAAUCCCUGCUCUCCCUUCCAACGUUGAGCUGGAAUGGGAAGGUUUCCAUUGUCCUGGUUGCAGUGCUGAGGAUGUGGUGCCCUUUCAGUGCCAUGCUUGUGACUUCCAUUCCUGCAAGGCAUGCUGGGAGUGGCAUAUCAAGACCACUAAGAAAUGUCCAGAGUGUGGAGCCAUUGCCAAGAAGAGAUAUCUCACCCAAGUCUUCUUCUGGAAGAAAACCUAACAAUGAACUCAAAUUUGCACCCUCUGUUGCCUGUGGUUGAGCCUCUUGUACAGGGUUAAUUUGACAUUCUUUUUUUUUUUCUUUUUAGUGAGGCAAUUGGGGUUAAGUGACUUGCCCAGGGUCACACAGCUAGUAAGUGUUAAGUGUCUGAGGCCGGAUUUGAACUCAGGUACUCCUGACUCUAGGGCCCGUGCUCUAUCCACUGUACCACCUAGCUGCCCCUUAAUUUGACAUUCUUGAUGAAACUUUCACCUUGCAGAUCCUACCACCUAAGAAAGAAAUCUUGGCAUGUGUAGUCCCAUAAUCCUGGAAAAGUCCCCACAAGCAGGAGUUCACUCUAUUUCCCAUUUUGCUUUGUUUUGGGAACAUGGCCAGACUGUCCUAUUCAUCUUAUUUUAUUUCAUAAUGUACAUCCUAGCACUUGGACUAACAGGUUAUCAGGUACUGUCAUCUCUGAGAAUCGACUAGGAAACACUUUAGCAUCUCAGUCACAACACUCAGAUCCUCCACUGUCCUUAAUUAUAAAUUUGAGCUGUCUAGUUUUGGGUUCCCAAGUUCUACUAUUGUACUAUACCCUUUCCUUCUCAUAUUUCGUUAUAACUUUCUGUGUGGUUCUAGAGUAAAUAAUAUAUUCAUUAAAAAGUAGAGUUUCCAGUGUCUCUAGGCAAUGGUGGGAGUCAUUCCCAAGCUAAAUCUUCCCAGGACAGUCUUCUCAGCAUCCCAUGAUCAUCAUGUGAGAUGUAUAUACAUUGCCCGCUCUUUCCAACCAUGUAGGACGGGACUUUUAGGCUUUCUAAUAGCGUUGAUAUAUAUCCCAGUUUCCCGUGGAGAUCAGCAUACUUUGAUAUCUCCCAGGGGAGGGAAGGAUUUAGGUAAUGGGCAAAGAACAUUUGUUUUUGUUUUUAAGUUCUUUAUUUAUUGUAUAAUUUUAUUUAUAUGUCUUGGAUGUACCUUGAUUGAUUAAUUCCCAGGUAUUUUGUACAUUUUGUAGUUAUUUUGAAUAUAAUUUCCUUUUCUGUUAUUUUUCCUGGAUUUUGUAAUUGCUACAUAAUACUGAUGAUUAUUUGUCUGGAUUUAUUUUGUAUUUUGCUAUGUGACUAAAGCUGUUGUCUCAGCAUCUUUGAUGAUUCUUUUGGGUUUUCUAAGUACUAAGUAAACUAUCUUGAAUGCAAAUAGGGAUAAUUUUGUCUGGAUAAGGAACAUUUUGUAAAUUGUUAGGGAGAAAGACACCUUUUUUUGCUUAUCCUCAGGUAGGUAGUUAGAGGUAUUAUGUUUUCUCUAUCAAUUUUCCACACAAACCAAAUCUCAUUUCCCAGCUCUUCUGUUGCUGUAUCUGUCAGUGCUGUGUUGUAUAAUAAUCAAUGGAAAAAAGGGAAGAAAACUUGCUGCUAUCUACCCUGAGAUGGUAGCCUGUGUUUAAGACUUAAAAAAAAAAAUCAGGCAA